AUGACAGAACAACGAUCACUAAGUCGGGAAGUAAUGGCUCCCGCAAUCACAGCCUUCAAUGACAGCAAGCUGAAAAGAACAACGCAAUCCGCAAUUCCUUUGGAAGUACCAAAAAUGACCGAACGAUCCAAUUCAAGCAUCAGUGCUUCCAUGAUAGCACGUUUGCAUGAGCUUCGUUCAAAGUUCGCUGAGCGCACUGAGACAAUUCGGGCAAAAACUCUUCAGAAAACGUUUUCAUGCGAAUCUGACAACGAGGAGCAUGCCAGCCAAACGGAAGAGACAACUGAACCUCUUAAGACCGAAGACAACCGAGUGCAGUUUAACGCACAGCUGGGUGAUGCUGGUAGUCCCGAGAAGAAAGGAACAUGGCGAAAAAGGUAUCCAGGCAGAAAGCUGGUUCUUCGUCGUCCCUUCUGUACCGCAUGUCUGGCACCGCAUCGCAAGCACUUUGUUGUUAUUGCCAAAAAACCACUGAUAAAAAUUGAAACCUUCUCAAGAAAGGAACACGACGGAAUAAAGCCUGAAGUGUCUGAGGCAACGGUUAUGGAAGAGAUACCAGAAAUAAUUGGUCAAGAUUUCGUCGAGAUGAAGGAAUAUCAAUUGUCCAUCCCAGCGUGGAUACCUGACCCAAAGGCUGUGCUUCUGAUGUGCUUCUCCCCACACGACACAUUCUAUCUCGUUUGGCUUUUAGGACUCAUGCUUGCAGUCCUAUAUAAUUACAUCACCAUUCCGCUACGUGAGGCAUUCGACAUUUAUGAUAAUGAGAAAUAUCGAGUGUACUGGUAUUUCGGCAACGCCGCUGCUGAUGUUUUGUAUUUGGUCGACCUGUUAAUCGUGAAGCCGCGAUUGGAAUUUCUCGAUCAGGGUAUCAUCGUGUCCGAGUACAAACUAUGUUUCAGAAAUUAUCUCAAGAGCAGACAAUUUGUGUUUGAUGUGCUGUCCAUUCUGCCACUAGACGUAUUUUCCGUUUUCUACGGGCGAGAAAUGGCACGAUUCCGUCUUCUGCGCUUGCUUAAGAUCAAGGCAUUUUGGGACGCAUUUGAAAGAUUGGAUCAACGCUUAAGCGCCGCCUACACAGUGCGUCUUGCCAGAACUCUCAUAUACAUGAUGUACAUUAUUCAUGUUGAAGCAUGUUGGUAUUACGGACUCAACCGCAUCAAAGGCAUUGGUGCAACUUCAUGGUCCAUCCCGUUGGGGAACAUUUCUCCCUAUGUGUACUCCUUCUACAUAUGCAUGAAAACAGCAACCUCAAUCGGAUCACUGCCUGCUGCGACCACUCCGACUGAAUAUAUAUUUAUGACAUCCUAUUGGCUUAGCGGUACCUUCGUUUCGGCUAUUCUAAUCGGUCAGGUAAUCGAUAUUUUGGACGCAGCCAACGCAAACAAAAUGAAUUAUCGUCGGAUCAUGGACAGCACACUUUCUUGCAUGCACCACCUUCGAGCGCCGGUGCACGUCGUAAAUAAGGUACGCACUUGGUUCGUCUAUAAUUGGGAGCAACAAAAAACCUUUGACGAGAACUCUCUGUUUGAAGUACUUCCCAUCAAGUUGAAAAGGGAUUUGGCGAUUAGCGUUCAUUUUCAGACACUCAGUAAGGUGUCACUCUUUCAAAACUGUGAAAGAGCACUUAUCUACGACAUGGUACUCAAACUCAAGCCAGUGGUGUUCCUACCCAUGGACUAUAUUUGUCGUAAGGGUGAAGUUGGCAAGGAAAUGUACAUCGUGAAAAGCGGAACUGCUGAGGUAGUCGGUGGUGAGAACAAUUCGACUGUUUUCGGAACCCUAAAGGAGGGAAGCGUAUUCGGAGAGAUAAGUCUACUUGCACUAUCCGGAAAAAACCGGCGCACCGCGGACGUACGAUCUAAGGGUUUCUCUACGCUCUUCAGCCUAUCUAAAGAGGAUUUUGAAGAGAUAAUGAAAAACUACCCACAGGCGCAUGCUAUUUUGAGAAAAAGAUCCAGGUGA